AUGGCACCUAAUGAUUCUGUUCCUUUGGGGCUGACUUCUGCGGCGAGCGAGACGACCUACCUAGUAUUAAUCCAGGUUGUCUCUCGAGCCUUAACAUUUCUCGCAAACCAGGUCCUCCUCCGGUAUAUCUCUCCAGGGAUCUUGGGAGUUGCAGCACAGCUAGAACUUUAUGCCGUCACUGCGCUUUAUUUCUCUCGCGAGAGUAUUCGUGUUGCUCUUCAAAGACAGCCCGCUGGAUAUGACAUUGUGAGCUCUGGUAGUGUCAUGGACAAAUUUCAUCCGGAUAUCCCUGAACGGUCCGGAACAUCCAGCCACCAGGAAGAUUCUCAGGCCGUUGUGAACUUUUCUUACCUCGCGGCUGCAUUAGGUGGUCCUCUGAUAUAUAUUCUUGGUCAGUUUUAUGUCAGAUUUGCCAACCGAGAUGUUCUCGAUGUACCCUUCUUCAACAGCAGUCUCGAAUUAUUUGGGCUUGCAUGUUUUCUAGAAUUGUUGGGGGAACCCUGUUUUGCUAUCGUCCAAAAAAGAAUGCUAUAUAAAACGAGGGCGUUGGUUGAAACAUCUGCGGCAGUGAUGAAAGCCAUGAUUACGUGUGGGACCAGUAUCUGGGCAGUUCGCAGCGCAAACGACGUGGGAGUUUUACCUUUCGCCAUGGGCCAAAUAACAUAUGCUGUUCUUGUUCUUUUCGCCUACUUCAUUACUAUCGGGUCGCAUGCAAAAUGUGAUGGCUUUUCUGUCUUUCCAUUUCCCAUCCGCUACCAAGAUAAAACGAAAUAUUUGUUGAGCCUCUUCUCUCGUCCUUUGCUAUCCCUUAGCGUCAAUAUCUACGCCCAGUCUGUAGUAAAGCAUGUCCUUACGCAAGGCGACUCAAUGGCUCUCGCUGCAUUCUCAACUCUUGAAGAUCAAGGCCUUUACGCCCUGGCUUCUAAUUACGGCAGCCUUGUUGCAAGAAUUUUUCUCCAGCCCAUUGAGGAGAGUUCCCGCAACAUGUUCGGAAAACUCCUCGCAAGUAACGGAGCAGAAAUGACAAAACCUGAGGCUGUUGCAAUGGCGAAGUCAUAUCUCAAUGAUAUUCUGCGCACUUAUGGUAUUCUUUCUAUCAUGAUUUGUGCUCUUGGUCCCACCAUAGUACCGGAACUUCUCAAUAUCCUAAUAGGCUCUCAGUGGUCGUCCCCUACUAUCCAUGGUCUUCUCUCAAACUAUUGUUAUUAUAUUCCGUUGCUUGCAUUCAACGGUAUCACGGAAGCAUUUGUUGCGUCCACGGCAACGCAUUCAGAGUUGAGGCAACAAGCGGGCUGGAUGGGGGCAUGCUCCGCCGGAUUCGUCGCUGCGGCGUAUUUAUUUUUGAGGGUAUGGAAGUUGGGCGCAAGCGGGAUAAUAUGGGCGAAUCUCAUGAACUUGAUUCUACGCAUUGUCUGGAGCUACUGGUUCAUCAGGAAAUAUUUCCGAAAUCGGAAAGAUUGUUUCAACAUUACGGAAGCCCUGCCAAAGUAUGAAUCCGUUGCCACUGGAGUUUUGGCCCAUGCUAUCUUGUGGGGUUUGCAGCCUGCCUACGAAUCCGGGCUAAGUGACAUAUUAAAAAUGAUCGUUGUCGGAGGCAUAUUUUCAGUUUUGAUCCUAUUCCUUGAGAGUAAGUACCUCAUCGAGCUGUAUACCAAACAUCGCACAGCGAAGACAAAUCCAGAUUUAUAA